CCCUUUCAUCCUUGAAGGCCGUCUCGCAGAAGCUCCUGAGAUCUCCCGGUGCCUCUCCUCACUGCCUGCGGUGCGGGCCCGGCUUGUGUAACCCUUAUGGGGUGUACGGAUGGCACCGUGGGCGGGCGAGUGCUGGCCAUGUCACCAUGGCAGGGUGCAGGACCUCCACUAACUCGGGUAACCGGCUUUUAGAUGAGCCAGCGUGCGGAGGAGACCUGUGCUCCUGGCUUGGUGCGGACCUGCUGGGUUCGCUAACGUGCCGCUGAAGUCCUGGUCCUGCUAGUGAGGCGGAUUUGUGCUCCGAGCGCUGCACGGGUCUGCGCAGCUGCGACUGGAGGUCCCCGCUGUGCUGAACAUCGUGUUCCCCCCCGGGGCCAGCAGCCGCCUGCCUCCGCGCUGGAAGCAAAGGCAAAGCAGUUGCAGUGAAUGCGAACGUCCUCCUUCUCUGGGGGAACAUCUCUCUUGCCUGCUCCGGCCAGUGGUGGGAUUAGGGGAGCGUCCGACCCUCGUGGAGGGCCUGCUGACAGGCGGCUGUGUUUGAGGCAUCUCUCCUCGUCCAGCCUACCGGCUCUUGCUGGGGAGCAGGGGUCUGGAGGCUCUCCCUGCGCCCUGGCCCUGUUUGUCUGGGCUGUGGACAUAGCCUGGAGGAAGGAGCAGAGGAAUGCGGAGCUCGGAUCUGCCUCUUCCAGUGGUGGCUCAGUGCAGCUCGAACUUGAGGAUUGUUUUUGCCUUUUCAUUACCGUCGUCCUUCUCAAAGCUGGGGAGCUGACAGCGCGAGGCUGCAGCUGGCUGAGAGGGGAGAGCAAAUCCUGAAAUAUGCUGUGGGGCCAAAAUAUGCGUCGUAAAAAGAAAAGUAUUGUAUGUGUAGGGAGGAGUCGACCCAGAGUCCUCAGAGGCAAAGUUUGCUUGUGUCUUGGGGGUAUGGGAUGUUGUAUCACCUUGAAUUUGCUGCUGUACGCACCGGCUCGUUGCACAGCAUGAGGAGCCACAGUCAGACUCUGCAGCUUCUGCAGCCUUUCCUGGCUGGGUGAUGAUAUUAAAGGUGCCCAGAGCGACACACGACAUUUGAGGUUGAUAACAUCAGCAGCCAGCAAGAUCUUGGGGAGCGUGAGAUGUGCUGAGGUUAAGGAACAAAAUGCUUCGGGCCACUGUUUUCCUUGCCUGGCUAGUUACUGGGAAUAGCGCUCAAUAAUAGCGGAGGCGUUGGCAGAAGGAUAAAAGGACAAGGAAGGGAGAAUUGCCUUCCUGAGAUAAGAUGUUGAGUGCCCACAGCUCAGAUGCCUUCGAAGCAGGAUUGCAAUUAAACCAUUAAAACGCCUUUCUGUUUCAAUGCAAGUCGAAGUGACUUUUGUGCUUGCUGCCCCUGGAGCUCUCAGCGUGGUGAGAGGCCGGCGAAGAAGAUGGUUGAGAGAGAUGAUUUACCAGCAUCGAGCAAAUCCAGUUCGCAGAUGACAUGCAGGAGUUCACCAAGUUCCCAACCAAGACGGGCCGUCGAUCCUUGUCCCGCUCCAUCUCGCAGUCUUCCACCGACAGCUACAGCUCCGCUGCCUCCUACACCGACAGCUCUGAUGACGAGGUGUCCCCCCGAGAGAAACAGCAAACCAACUCCAAAGGCAGCAGCAAUUUCUGUGUGAAGAACAUCAAGCAGGCAGAAUUUGGGCGCCGGGAGAUUGAGAUCGCUGAACAAGACAUGUCUGCUCUGAUUUCACUCCGGAAACGAGCUCAAGGGGAGAAGCCUUUGGCUGGAGCUAAAAUCGUGGGCUGUACCCACAUUACAGCACAGACUGCGGUGCUGAUCGAGACGCUGUGCGCGCUGGGAGCGCAGUGCCGCUGGUCUGCCUGUAACAUCUAUUCCACCCAGAACGAAGUGGCGGCUGCCUUGGCAGAAGCUGGUGUUGCUGUGUUUGCCUGGAAGGGAGAGUCGGAGGACGACUUCUGGUGGUGCAUUGACCGCUGUGUUAACGUAGAUGGCUGGCAGGCCAACAUGAUCCUGGAUGAUGGUGGGGACCUGACCCAUUGGGUUUAUAAGAAAUACCCUAACGUAUUCAAGAAGAUCCGAGGGAUUGUGGAGGAGAGCGUGACUGGUGUGCACAGGCUGUACCAGCUCUCCAAGGCCGGGAAGCUCUGUGUCCCAGCCAUGAAUGUGAACGACUCCGUCACCAAACAGAAAUUCGAUAACCUAUAUUGCUGCCGGGAAUCCAUCCUGGACGGCCUGAAGAGGACCACGGAUGUGAUGUUUGGAGGGAAGCAAGUGGUGGUCUGUGGUUAUGGGGAGGUCGGCAAGGGAUGCUGCGCCGCUCUGAAAGCCUUGGGCGCGAUCGUCUACGUCACGGAGAUCGACCCCAUCUGUGCUCUCCAAGCUUGCAUGGAUGGAUUUCGGGUGGUGAAGCUGAGUGAAGUAAUCCGUCAGGUGGAUGUCGUCAUCACCUGCACAGGAAACAAGAACGUCGUGACCAGAGAACACCUGGAUCGGAUGAAGAACAGCUGCAUUGUGUGCAACAUGGGCCACUCCAACACCGAGAUCGACGUGACCAGCCUCCGGACCCCGGAGCUGACCUGGGAGCGUGUCCGCUCCCAAGUGGACCACGUCAUCUGGCCGGAUGGGAAGCGGGUGGUGCUGCUGGCCGAGGGCCGUCUUCUCAACCUGAGCUGCUCCACGGUUCCCACCUUCGUUCUCUCAAUCACAGCCACCACUCAGGCUCUGGCUCUGAUUGAGCUCUACAACGCUCCCGAGGGCCGUUACAAACAGGACGUGUACCUGCUGCCGAAGAAGAUGGAUGAGUACGUCGCCAGCUUGCAUCUGCCUUCGUUUGACGCCCACCUGACAGAACUGACGGACGAUCAGGCGAAAUACCUGGGACUCAACAAAAACGGGCCUUUCAAACCCAAUUACUACAGAUACUGACGGACCAUACCCAUGAAGGACCAGACCACACAAGGCAACAUUAGAACGAUUAUUUUUAAAGAUCAUUUUAUUUUGGUUUACCUUUUUCUUUUUUUUUUAAAAAACCAACAGAGAAACCUGUUUUUACAUUUACCAGUGUGAUUUUUAAGGUCACUUUUUUUUUUUUC